UGAGAAACAAGUGGUUAAAAAAAUUGAAACCCAAGCGGUGGAGAAACUAAGGCAGAGUGGACGGAGAUUUCGAGGGAAACCAAAUAACAAAGGAACACACUUCACUAAUUAUCUCCUCGUUCUUCAUUAGCUAAGCCUCAGCUCAACCAAUCCAACCUACCAUUUUUAAAACUCCACUUUGUCUCUCUCUCUCUCUUGUUCAGCUCUCAUUUUCAUAAAUCUGUUAACUCUUGCCUCUCGCUCUCUCAUAAUUUCAUUUUCUUUCAAUGGAGUCCUCCGCCGCUCUCCGAUCCUUCAACUAUUCUAUAGGCACUGUUUCACAAGUGGGAUCGCUGCUUGAGAGGCCUGGAAUGGUGUCUAUUCAAAGUAGUUGCUGGCACGUCUCGAGUAAACCGUACAAACUCGUUGCUUCUCCUAUGAAGCGGUACAGAACAGUUGUAUUGGGUGCAAAGACAUCUGAAGCUACUGUGGCAGCCAAGUCUGACAUUUCAUCUGAGAGUGCUACUCAAAGCUGUUUGGAGAAGAAUACCCUGCGGAAUGCAACCUUCCCAAGUGCAUUUGAGGCAUUGCUACUGGAGGUCUGUGACGAGACAGACAUUGCUGAGCUGAAAUUGAAGGUUGGAGACUUUGAAAUGCAAGUGAAGCGGAAUGUUGGAGCCACUAAAGCUCCCUUGUCAAACAUUUCGCCAACAACACCACCACCUAUUCCAACUGAACCCAUGGAUGUAUCAGCUCCUGCGGCUGCAGCUGCACCACCGACACCACCAAAACCCUCUAAAGAAAAAACCAGUCCUUUUUCUAAUGUGUCGUUUGGAAAGUCACCAAAAUUAGCAGCCUUGGAGGCUUCUGGAUCAAAUGGUUAUGUUCUAGUAUCUUCUCCAACGGUUGGUUCAUUCCGAAGGAGCAGAACAGUGAAAGGAAAGAAGCAACCUCCCAUCUGUAAAGAGGGUGAUGUGAUUAAAGAAGGACAAAUAAUAGCAUACUUGGAUCAAUUUGGUACUGAACUUCCUGUGAGGUCAGACGUGACCGGAGAAGUCUUGAAGCUCCUCUUCAAUGAUGGAGAGGCUGUUGGUUACGGAGAUCCUCUCAUGGCCGUCUUGCCAUCAUUCCAUGGUAUCGAAUGAGCUUUCUCUCCUAUAAAGAGCAUUUUUGCCGGCUUUGUUGUUGGAGGGUUGAGACUGCCAAGGUUCUCCGUUUAUUUCAAGUCCUUGUAUUCUUUCCAUCGUUUGCUCUUUUCCGUUGUUCAAUCAGAAGACAUGAGUAUAAUUGGUGAUAUGAACUAGACCUCAAUGGGUCAAUCACAAUUAGUUGCAGAUCCUGGAAUAAUUUCAUUAAGCACACUAUAUAGAUUGAGAAGAAAUAUGUCAUUUGUGU